AUGGAUCCUAUAAAACCCAGAGGUCGCCCGCCGAAAGCUGGAAGCAAAGGAGCGUUUACAAAAGACAUACGACUUUUAAUGUAUGGAUUUGGAGAUGAACCUAAUCCAGCAACAGAUUCCAUAAACGUGAUGGAAGAACUUGUUACUGAUUAUAUUACCGAGAUGUGCCAUAAAGCAUCCGAUGUUGCAAAAGAUCGCAAAGUUACUGUUGAUGAUUUCAAAUUUCUUUUGCGGAAUGAUUCGAAAAAAUUAGCUAGAGUUGAAGAGUUAUUGCAUAUGGAGCAAGAGAUCAAGAAAGCUAGACAAAAUUUUGAUGUUAAAGAUAUUGAUGAAUAA